UUUCUCUUUCCAACAGCCAGGUGUUCAUAGUGGCCUUGGUAACCUGUCUGCCUUUCUCAUGCAGUCAGUCUCUUGCUCCUCUUGUUGGCUUAGGUGAAGCAGCUAGAUGGCACCUCUGACCUGUGUAAACUUUUGGCUGCUUGGCUUCUUCAUCUCAACUCUCCUCCAGAAAGCUGAUGCUUGCCCAAGGCAGUGGCUGAAAUACCAGGGCAACUGCUAUGGCUUUUUCCAAAAGAAGUUGAGCUGGCAUGAAGCUGAGAUUGACUGUCAGAGUUAUGGUCGUAACACCAGCCUGGCCUCCAUCCUCAGCUGGCAAGAAGCUCUUAUAGUGUCUGAGCAUAUCUCUGCUUACAUGACAGAAGCAGGAGUUGAUGUCUGGAUUGGUCUCCAUGAUAUUAACCAUAAUGGGAAUUGGAAGUGGUCUGAUGGGUCUGCAUAUAACUACAGAAAGUGGUUACGAGGGGAACCCAACAAUCUAUGGAAAUCCGAGUCCUGUGUGGCUCUGAGGGCAUUGGCAGCAUAUAGGAGAUGGAUUGAUGCUGUUUGUAAGAAAGCAAAAGCCUACAUCUGCAAACAUGAGCUCUAG